UGCUGUGUGUCCCGUCGCCAUGGGCAGACGUCUGCUGUUAUGUCUGCUCCUGGUUGUUUCUGUCAAGUGUCGGACCAUCUAUGUUGAGGAUGCCAGGCCUACGGAGGAAGAGGUGUCGUUCAUGAAGCGAUACGGCUACCUGCCAGAAGUAGCCGAAGGAUCAACAUCUUUGGACUUCUCUUAUACGCCGCUGUCCAUCACCGAGGCGGUGCGGCGACUGCAGGCGUUCGCUGGCCUCACGCCCAGCGGAGUCAUCGACAGUGACACGAAACAAUUGUUCAAGAAAAAGCGGUGUGGUGUCAAAGACAUCAUUACCACAUCGUCCAGGUCCAGACGAUACGUCACACGCGAAGCAUGGACUAAAAAAGAUAUCACGUACAGGGUACUUAACGGCUCCAGAACGUUGGAGAAGCAUCGCGUGGAGGGACAGAUGGCAGCCGCGCUGGCUGUAUGGGCGCCGCACGCGGGGCUCACUUUUACUCGCCUAGACUCGGGAAAGGCCGACAUUGAGGUCUCUUUCGUCACCUUGGACCACGGAGACGGGUCUCCAUUCGACGGGCCAGGGCAGGUAGUGGCACACGCCUUCUGCCCUCCGCUCGGUGAUUUGCAUUUUGACGAUGACGAGGUCUGGAGCGAGUACCCCGCCGACGACGAGGAAAAUGAGGAAUCGACGGACUUCUUCGCCGCGGCCGUCCACGAGAUCGGGCACGCGCUCGGCCUGGCGCACUCAGACGUGAGGGAGUCGGUCAUGUACCCGUACUACCGGGCGCGGGUGCAGAGCCUGUACGAAGAUGAUAUUUUGGGCAUGCGGGCGCUGUAUAUGAAAGAUCAGCAAGCCGCGACCUCCGCCCUCACCGUACAAACAGAGAACCCGAUGGCGCCGCGGUUCUCCCUCGACCCUGGCGUUACUGAUGAGGAGGACGUACCCGAUCUGUGCUACACCAACUUCGACACUAUUCAGGUGUUGCAGGGAAAGAUCUAUGUUUUCGAAGAGGAGUGGAUGUGGGUGCUCAGCGAGCGCAAGGAGAUAGAUCCGGGGUACCCGAAGCGCUUUCACGACGUGUUCAUUGGCUUGCCAGAACACGUCGACGUCGUUAGGACCAUUUACGAGAAACGAAAUGGAAACAUCGUCAUAUUCAAAGACAAGCAGUACUGGGAGUUCGGCCCCAACUUCAGCCUGAUCAAGCGCGGCCGGCUCCGGGACUACCGCCUGCCCGGGCGCCUGCGGGAGCUGACUACGGUCUUCCUGUCCAACUACAACAAUAAGACGUACCUUAUAGACUCUGAGCGUUUUUGGCGGUUCAAUGAGGAUACAUGGACUAUGGAUAAAGGGUACCCUAAAAGCAUGUCAGCAUGGAGGGACCUCCCGUACCCUGUGGAUUCCGCUAUUAUUUGGAAGGGAAAUACAUACUUCUUCCGCGGCCCCCGCUUUUGGCGCUUCGACAACGCUCAGAUCCGCGCGCACCCCUACUACCCGCUGUUCACGGCUCAGAUCUGGUUCCCGUGCCAGCCCACGCCUGACAUGGAGCGGUACACCAAGAACGAAGACUAAAUAUAUCGCCUGACAUAUCAAUCCAUUAGUGCACCUUAUGUCGUUGGAAUAAGGUGUACAAAAUAGUUAACUGCGAUAACAAUUUGUUUCGCCGUGUUAUUCCCACUAGUAUUUUAAAAAAAAAUGUUUUUUUUUUUCAUUAGUUACCAGUGGUAAAAGGUGGGAAAAAAAUCCCACUAGUUACGAACGUUUAUGCGCGUAUUAUACCGACAUCCCGCUCGCACGUCGUCAAAGCGACGUACGAAUCUGAUCUAGUGUGCUAAGCGCCAGAGUUCUAAAAAUUUGUCUGGAAGGAAAUGGAGUAGUAUAAUAGGGUUAAAAUAUAGAUCUACUGUUUAACUGAAGUGGAAGUGAUAGUUAUGAAUUUAUCAUGGUCAGCUACGGACUAGUUGAAGGUUUGGCAUAUAUUAUUAUACUCUGGGUUUGACUGCAUGAAGCUCAUUUAUAUUGAUUAAAAAUGUCAAUACAGGCUGGUUAUUUAGUCACCUACAAUAAUUUACUGGCUAAAUAUAUAGGUCAUACUGAGCAUCUUUUACUAUGGAACCCAUCCCGAAAUCGCGCAAUAAAAAUUUACUCUCCCAUAAUGUCAAGGUCAGACAGCCAAACUAUAACUAAUUUUAGUCCUAUAGUAAAAUUUGCUCAGUAUGACCUCUAUAUUCACGCCGUCAAUUACUGCAGGUCACUAAAUAAAAACACUAUAUAUAAACUACUUUUAAUUCCAAAAGUUAGUAUUUACUAGAAAAUCACCGCGCAACUUUACCAAAUAUUUGAGAUUAGCAACGAACUAGAAUCCGAUGCAUAACUGGUGGGCCUGAAGAAGGAAAUAGAGUUAAAAUAAUAAUAAAUAUAUCAAUAAAAAUAUAUCACUUUAUUAAAAGAGUACAAUCACAUAGGUAUAAAUGUAAAAUAACAUCAACUGAUUGAAUACGUCUCAUGCGGAAUGUGCAGCCUCGCAUCGUGGUAAACAAACAAUUUGUGAUAUUGUAUUAAAUUAAUACUGUUUGAGUAAUAUCAUUCAAUUGUCUGUAAU